CGCGGGGCUCAGGCCCGCAGCUGCAGGAACGAGCGAGCCCUCGACGACAGACCCCUGCAGGAGUACAGAGCCCGUCAUGCUGCGCCACCUCCCGGGACUGCUCCUGCUGCUCUGGCCGCUGCUGCUGCUGCCGCCGCCGACCCCCGCCGCCCCCGGCCCCCUGGCCCGCCCGGGCUCGCGGAGGCUGGGGAUGCGCGGCCCAGAGGGCAGCCCCGGGCGCCGCCCUGCCCCCGCUGCCCCCACCGGCGCGCCCUAUUCCGGGACCGGCCAGCCCGGCGGGGCCCGCGGCGCAGGUGUUUGCAAGAGCAAGCCCUUGGACUUGGUGUUUAUCAUUGAUAGCUCUCGCAGUGUGCGGCCCCUGGAGUUCACCAAGGUGAAAACCUUUGUCUCCCAGAUAAUCGACACUCUGGACAUUGGGGCAGCAGACACACGGGUGGCGGUGGUGAACUAUGCUAGCACUGUGAAGAUUGAGUUCCAUCUCCAGACCCACUCGGAUAAGCAGUCGCUGAAGCGGGCUGUGGCCAGGAUCUCACCCUUGUCUACAGGCACCAUGUCGGGUCUGGCUAUCCAGACAGCGAUGGAUGAGGCCUUCACGGUGGAGGCAGGAGCGCGGGGGCCCACAUCCAACAUCCCUAAGGUGGCCAUCAUUGUGACAGACGGAAGACCUCAGGACCAGGUGAAUGAGGUGGCCGCUCGGGCCCGGGCAUCUGGUAUUGAGCUCUAUGCCGUGGGCGUGGACCGGGCAGACAUGGAGUCCCUCAAGAUGAUCGCCAGUGAGCCCCUAGAUGAGCAUGUUUUCUAUGUGGAGACCUAUGGGGUCAUCGAGAAACUUUCCUCUAGAUUCCAGGAGACCUUUUGUGCCCUGGACCCGUGUGCACUUGGCACACACCAGUGCCAGCACGUGUGCAUCAGUGAUGGGGAAGGCAGAUACCACUGUGAGUGUAGCCAAGGAUAUUCCCUGAACGCCGAUAUGAAGACAUGCUCAGCUAUCAAUAAGUGUGCUCUUAACACUCAUGGAUGUGAACACAUCUGUGUGAACGAUAGAACUGGCUCUUAUCACUGUGAGUGCUAUGAAGGUUACACCUUGAAUGAAGACAAGAAAACAUGUUCAGCUCAAGAUCAAUGUGCUUUUGGUACACAUGGCUGUCAGCACAUUUGUGUGAAUGACAGAGGUGGGUCUCAUCACUGUGAAUGCUACGAAGGCUACACUCUGAACACAGAUAAUAAAACGUGUUCCGUUCUCAGCAAGUGUGCUCUGGGCUCUCACGGCUGCCAGCACAUCUGUGUGGACGACGGGGCAGCGGCCUAUCACUGCGAGUGUUAUGCCGGCUACACCUUGAAUGAAGACAGGAAGACGUGCUCAGCCAUUCAAGAAGCACGAAGACUCAUCUCCACAGAAGAUGCUUGUGGAUGUGAAGCCACUCUGGCAUUCCAGGAUAAGGUCAACUCCUAUCUGCAGAGACUGAACGCCAAACUUGAUGACAUUUUAGGGAAGCUGCAAGAAAAUGAAUCUGGACAAAUACAUCAUUAAAUUACUCAAAAUUUUCACCUGGAAAUAUGGAGAGCUUGGUGUGUUUGAUACUUUUGCAUACUUCCAUGUUCCUGCUAAUAUCUGCCCUUGCAAUUGCCUGAAUAUUACUGGAUAAACAGUAUGAGGAUCUUCUAGAGAAUCGGUGUCAUUUUUUAAAGGAAAUAAACAUUCACAUCCUUAAGAGCAAACUUUAGUGUCUCUAAGCUAUGACUGUGAAACUAUUGGUAGGAAAUAGAAUGAAAAGUUUAAUAUUUCUUUAUUUACCAAUUGAGCCAUUUAAUUUUUAAAUGUUUAUAUUAGUAAGAUAACCAUACUUACAAUGGGAACUUUUGACCUAUUUUCUCUUGAUAGUAUUUAUAGUAUAAACCAGACUUACUACUCAGAGUGUAAAUUGUAUGGAGUAUUUACACAUAAAAAAGUUCAUAAAGCUAAAUUGAGGUGAAUAUAAUUUAGCACUGUUUAACACUUUAUUUUUUGCUCUUUUUUGCUAGAGUAUUACUGAAGCUGUGAUCAGGGGAUUGUAAUACACAUCUCUAAAAAUAGAUCAAGUGAACAUUACAUGAAACAUUAUAAGAAACAUGUAACUAAAGAUUUUAGUUUUGAAUUAAGAGUGUUAUAACUUUAUACCAAGGAAAAACUAUCCUACUUUAUCUUUACUGUUUUACCUUAGGAUCCAAUCAAUAAAAUUAUAUUUUUAUAAAUAUCACUCUAACAAGUAACAAAAGUAAUGUUGUCUUUUUAAAUUUUAGUGAUAAGCGUAACCAUUCUUCACUUAUACAUUUGAUAUAUGUAUUUUAUUUUUCAGCUUGAAAGCUUAU